AACUCGCGCAACAUUCCCUUCAUCCCGUCUGCCUUUUGUUUGUUCGAUAUUUAUAAUAUUUAUUAUAUUUUCUGCUGAAUAUGUGAAGUAGAAAUAAAUUAAAAUCAAUCCGCAGCGUGUAACCGGGACUCUCUCCUCCACACUCUGCGCUGUUUGUAGAAAUACCGCCGUUUUCUCCGAUGGAAGCCCGCUAACGGCGCCGAGCUAGGAGCUAACUGUGGCUAACGGCUAACAGCUAACUGCUUUGUUUUGAUUCAAGAAAAAACUUUAACUUAUUUACCGACAUGACGUCAGCGUCUGCUAAGGUCGGAGAGAUUUUCUCAGCAGCAGGAGCAGCGUUCACCAAACUGGGAGAGCUGACCAUGCAGCUGCACCCAGUAUCUGACUCCAGUCCUGCAGGAGCGAAGUGGACAGAGACGGAGAUCGAGAUGUUGCGUCUGGCGGUGCGACGAUUCGGAGACGACCUCAACAACAUCAGCACUGUGAUCAAAGAGCGCACCGUCGCUCAGAUUAAGAGCACCGUGAAGAGGAAGCUGUACGAGGACAGCAGAGUCCCCAUCUCCUCCGAGUCCCCGAAGAAAACCGUCAAGAAAGCCGCCGUCGCCAUGGCGCCGACGCCGGCCCCCGCCGCCCCCGCCAUGAUCCCCGUGCCGACCUCGCAGGUCGUCGUGGCGACGGGGAUGCAGAACAGCCCGUCUCUGGCCCCGCCCAUCAAGAAGCAGAAGACGGCAGACGUGACUCUCAGCGCUCUGAACGACUCGGACGUGAACAGCGACCUCGUGGACAUCGAAGGCCUCGGAGACGGCUCGUCCAAUAAGAAGCUGAACUUUGACCAAGAGAGUCUGAACCUGGACUCCAGCCUCAUCAUGAACUCCAGUGACCUCCCGCUGCUGUCCCGCUGACCUUUGACCCCCCAGCUGCUCCUCAUGUGUCACACACGCUUCCUUUUCUUUUACUCUUUGUUCAUCUGUCCAUAUUUAGACUCUAACGUCUGUUUUUAGUUUUUAAGACCAAAAAAAUCCACAUUUUAUUUUAUUUAAUGUGUAUUUUAUUUUGAAGGCAGCAGUUUGUUU